AUGACAAAUAAUAUAGGUGAAUUACUCGAAGAAUGGUAUGAAGAUGAGGGGCUAGAAGAUGUACAAAUAGACAUAUCAAUGCUAGAAAAUGAUGAUUGUCAAGGUGACAACACAAACAAUGAAGGAAUUCAUGGCAGUGCUACUGAUGCUCAUCAUCAUGGUCUUGGAGUUAGGAAUUCGCGUCGCAAUUUGCAAAAACGUGCAUGUCCAUUUGUGUUAAAGAUUUAUGAAAUGCUUGCUGAUAUUCAGUUCAAUCCCUUGAUUUCUUGGAAUGGUAAUGGUACCAGUUUCAUUAUCCAUGAUUGUCAUAAAUUUGCUGCUGAAGUUCUCCCCCGUUUUUUCCGCCAUAACAAUAUCUCUAGCUUCGUCUGCCAACUCAACUGCUAUGGAUUCAGGAAAAUAAGUUGGGACAAAUUUGAGUUUCAGCAUGAAUGUUUCCAGAGAGGAAAAGGGCAGUGGUUGAAGAAUAUCAAGAGGAAGGGUAGUAAAAAGUCCGAGAUGAAUCAGCAGCCACAAGAGCAAGGUAUUGACGAAACAGUUGCAGUUACAAUGGAGAAGGAAAUUGAAGAAAUCAGAGAAGAGCAAAAUGCAAUGAGGGAAGAAAUCAUAAUGCUGCACCAACAGCUAGACAUACUAGAGAAAGAGAUGGAAGAUAAUACUAAGCAAGCUCGGAACCAUGUCUCCUCCAAGAAAGCCAAAAUACUCGAGUAUUUGUUGGGACCUUUGUUUGAGUGUAUAGGAGAGCUUGGUAGCAGUGAAGUAGCACAGGAACUGGAGGAGGAAGAGAAACAGGGUGAUGACAUAGAAGAUGGUGUUGAAAAUCGAGGCGAAAAAAGGAAAAAGCAAGUUGGAGAAGAGUUGCAGGGAAAGAAUGAAGGAAGCAAGAAGAUUGCAGCUGCAGGUGUUUCAGAUUUUAAAUCUGAUUCGGAUCUGAGGAAGAUGCUUAUGGAUGAGAUGGACAUGAACAAUUUGGCUCAAGAGCAACCUGAUAAUUUCCUGGAGUCGGCGGAACAGGCCGAAGGUCCAUCUUUUUGGAUUGAUUAUGUGGAAAAGCUAGAUCACAAGCCUAUCCUCUCUGGAGUUGGCCCUUCCGGAAAACCAAACUUCCAAGCUAUUUCAUGUAUACUCUCUACUUAA